AAAUUAUAAUAUUCUCAGUCGGUACACUGAAAAAAAAGCUUAUUGCAUUUAAGUAUGCAUAUUUUUUAAAAAUUGGAUUUUUUAAAAGUAAAAAAUAUUUAUUUGUUUUCAAUACCGAAAUUUUAAUAUUAGUAAAUAUUUUCUUCAGUUUACUUGAUUUUUCCGCCAAAAAUAAUGUAUUGAAAUCAAGCAUAGAUUUACUUAAGAUAAAUAUACUUUUCUUAAAUAUGAUAAAUGACUUUUUAAAAUCCAUAAGACCAAUUUACUAAAAUGCAUUCAAUAACUACUUAGUAAAUGAUUUACUUAAAUUGUAUGGCGAAUGUUUUGAAUUUAAUAAAUAUAUUUUUAACAUUGACAAAUUUGUAAUUAAAAAAUAAUUAGUAAAAAUUAGUAAAUUUUUUAUUAUAGUAAAUAUUUAUUUUUUCUGUUGCAACAAAAUAUUUUUUAGGGCAAAGCAUUUUAACUUUAAAAUAUGCAUUUUUAUAAAUACUAUUAUGCAAAUAAAUAUUUACUUGAUCAUAAGAAAUAUUUGUUAUCGUAAAGAAAAUAAAUUUUUGAAUAAUUAAGAUGUUACAGCCAAAAUAUUUAUUUGUUUUUAACAAAUAUUCAACUUGAUGUAAGUUAAAAUUUAUUGUUAACCAAACACAGUUAUUUCUUUUUUUUCAACAUUUUUUUAUGAAAUCUAAUAUUGGAAUUUAAACAAUAUUUUUUUAAUUUAUCAUUCGAAAGCACUUGAUAUACUUGGUAGAAGUAAAUAUUUAUUUGCUUAAUCAUACUAAUUAAAUUAAAAAAUUAUUCUGUUUUAAUAAUCGGACACGGAAUUUCUGUUAUGUCACAUUCGCGGAACUGUUAUCACAACAACCGCAAUCGUUCCAUGCUCAUCUCGCUUGCAAGGUAUACAUGUACCGGGUGGUACUUAUGUAGGUACCUUUAACUUCGCACGCAUGUAUACAUUCGCCGCUUAUGUCUGACGACGAACGAGAAAUAUUGCUAUUGGCUGCUGCAAAUCUCGCCAGCCAAUCACUGUCCGUGCCGUACUCGAUGACGCAGCAUGAGCGAGACGCCGUAGCCGGAUGAACAGUCGCUAGGUAGCAACCGCCAACGGCGCCGAACACGUUGCCGCGGAUUCGCCUUAUUCGCUCGGCUCGUCGAGACUUUACCGCCAACGUCGCCGAACACAAAGAUGGUUACCGACCUGCUAGUUGCUCACGCGUGCAAAGGCUUUUUAUAUUUUGCCAAGUAACAACGCUUUACGAAAGGACAGAAAUACCGAGAACGUAUUGGAGGCGCCAAUCAUAGGAACAAAGGAACCAUGGCGGACGAAGAGGUUAUUAAAAUAUUGGACGAUUUAGGGCUGGAAGAUUUGGUGGAAACUUUCAAACAUAACAAGAUAACUAUGGGUAUCUUACCAAAAAUGAAUGAAACUUUAAUAAACGCCUUGAUACCAGCCAUAGGUGAUCGAGCUGUAUUUCUCGAUUUUUGGAAUAAGAAUUUUAAUAAAAAUCAGUCUAAUGAAGGUAGCAGUGAAAAAGCAAGUAAAAAAAGGAAAGAACGAAAUCAUGAUAAUGCUAGUAGCUCAGGUCCUCCAGCUAAAAAGGUUUCCAACGAAGAAAAUAAUAGCAUCGUUAUAAACAAACCUUUAAGCAACAGCGUUUUUGCUGUAGAAACAAUGAAACCUUUGGAUACCUUGUUUGAAGAAAGUGAUUUAGGUAGACAAGUAGUUCGAAAAUAUGAACUCAAGAAUGAGCUAGAGAAUAGCGACAGAAGUAAGGUUUGCAAUGUCAUUAUCACUGACUUAGUCAAUAGAAAAAUAAGGUUGAGGAACGAAACUGCAGCAGUUCUUGCUAAGAUGAUUGUAAAAAAAUUUCCUACAGAAGUAGAGUCAGUAUAUUACAGACCCCCUGUUUCCAAAAUUAAAAACGUAACAAAAUCAGGUGGUCAAAAUCGAUCAAAACCAUCAGGUGGAAAAUUAAUGAGUAUGUUUAGAAACAGAAAACACGAAGAAACGAAAUUAUCCAAAUUAUUACUCAAAGAAAAGGAUGAUAAAGAUAAGAUAACGCAGACUGCUAAUGAAUCUAAUGAUCAAGCUUCAAUUCAAGAAAGUGUGGAUUGGUUAUCCGUUAAUGUUGUACCAUGGGAACUCGUAAUUGAGCAUUGGAAAAAAACCUGCAAAAUACGUUGCGACGAGUUUAAAAACUCAAAAGAUAAAAAUUUAACCAAUUUUUAUAAAUCCUGGAAAUUAUACGAGCAUGUCCAAGGAUAUGAAUUGAUAAGUAUUGAUUUUGAGUACUUGAAGCUCACAAAAAUGUUAUUAAAUAUAGAACUUUGGAAAAAGUUCUUUGACAUUUUGAGAAAAAAUUCGCAAGUGAAUCAAAGAGAUUCAACCGCUGUCAGCUUGGAACAAAAACUUGCUUCUAAGAAUAUCUCUGAAAAUGCGAUGGUGCUUAUGAGUUUAAGUUUAAUUGCGCACUUGUACCCACCUAAGCAAAUGAAGAAGAUCAACAAAGAAUCCUUCAGGCCAUCGAUAGGACUUUCAAAAGAGAGCAUUUUUAAGAUAGCAAGUACCCCUAGUGAUAUGCUACUGGUGAAAGAAAAAGCUAGAGUGUAUGCAUCUGAGCGUAAAAUGCCUCUUCAACCGUAUAUAAUAAUUAUAGGAUCAGUUGAAGAUGUCCAGGAUACAUAUGUGUGUAUUGACGAGAGGUUAUAUAAAGUUAGAGGAGUACUACAUGCCUUAGAUACAUGCUUUAAAGCAUUCCAUGUUUUUGAUUUGGAGUAUCCAACAGCCAGUACUCAUUUGUGGUUAUUAAUCCAAAAAGGCAUCUAUCAAAUUCAUUUACCUUAUGAUCAAGAGAUAGCUUCCAUUCAACAUGGACUAAGCAAAUUAGUUGAUAAGAUGAGCACAAAGAAGCAUGCUGCUGAUGAUGAUUCCAAAGACGAAGAGGAUGAAGAAAAAAACGAAGAAGACAGUGACGACGAUACAGAAAGUGAAAACGACGACUCAUCUUAAAAAGUAAAUACUGUUUUUUUUUAUAAACGUCAUUUUUCAAAUCAAAAAAGUAUUUGUUUACUUUAAAUAUCUAAUGAUUAUAUGUGAUAUAAUCUUAAUUUAAAAUAAGAUAAGAUAAAAAACUUCGAAGUAUAGAAAUAUAAGACUGUACAAAAAAGUAUUUUAUAAUAUUAAGUGUUCAACAUGAUAUCUUGUGUGUUUUGCUCUGAUACAUUCGUAUCGCUUGAAAUUUUGAAAAUUCAUAUAAAAGUAAGUCACAACACACUACGGUACCUUGAAUGUCAAUGUAAUGUUGCAAAUUGUUCGUCUAAGUUUAGUAAUAUAUAUUCAUUGAUAAGGCAUUUAAAAGUUAAACAUGAUGUACCUGAAAGAAUCGAAAUUCAUGAGCAAGCUAUAAAUAACUUAAAUCACGAUUUAGUUAUACCUGAUGAUAUUCCUAAUGAGACUUAUGAUUCAAUCGAUUUCUCGGAUUUACAUUCCGUACAAGCUAAUGAAGUCCCACAAGAUAAAGUUAUUGACGUAACAGAAAAUGUUACAGUAGAAGAUUUCGCGAAUAAGGUUUUACAUUACGCUUUAACAUUUGUUACUCAGCUUUAUGCUUACGGUACUAUGAAUAGAAAAUUAACGAAUAAAAUAAUUUUUAAUAUGAGCACGAUGUAUAUUGCCCAAUGUAUGAACAUUUUAAUGGCAAAAUUUCAAAAUUUAACGGAAUUCUGUAAUAUGGCCAAAAUCAUAAAGAAUGGAUUCAAAAAAUUUAAAACUGAACAUUCAACGUUUGAGUUUCUUAAAAAAAUAGACUGUUAUUUUUCACCCAUACAAA